AUGACCACCUUAUCAAUACAAAGCCUGCUCUCUAUGGGCAGAGCUUUUACUGCAGAAGCAGCAUGCUACCUAAUUAGUAGUAGUGAUGGCCAAACACCUGCUCCAUCACCCCCAUCUCCCCAACCACAACCGCCCCAUCACAAACCUCAUCCAGACGAUGAAGGCUGUAAAUUGCUUGAUUCAUUCGCUAUACUAGUUCAAUUGACACUAGCAACGACUGCUCUGAUCACUCUCUUCUAUAAGCGAUCCAGAGAAAGACCGCAAAGACCAGUGAUAGUAUGGGCACUCGAUGUGAGUAAACAGUUUGCAGGAGCAGGUGUGAUUCAUUUCUUAAACUUGGCCAUCAGCUAUGUAGCAGGCAGGCCUCGCAAUGGAAGGCCCAAAACGAACCUGUGUGUGUGGUAUUUCCUCAAUGUCGCAGUCGAUACAACGGUGGGUGUUUUGAUUUUAUGGUGUUGGCUGCGCUUGAUUCAAAAGGCAUUGGAGAAAUUGCAUGUCAAGCAAGUCAAAACAGGCCAUUAUGGAUCACCGCCUUUAAGGAACAUGCUGAUUCCUUGGUGCAAACAGACAUUCAUCUUUGUAUUGGCUGAAUCAUUGAUGAAGCUAUGUGUGUAUGGCAUGUUUCGUUAUCUUCCCUUCUUAUUUGCUUGGGGUGAGUGGGUGCUAAGAUGGACCAAAGGAAAUUAUAGGUAUCAGGUCAUUUUUGUUAUGCUGAUAUUCCCUCUCGUCAUGAACAUCAUUCAAUUUUGGAUUGUGGAUACCAUUGUCAAAGUAUCGCCUGCUUAUACAAAACCGCUCACUCAUGAUACCACACCCUCUAGAGAGCCCUCUUCAUCCGAUUCCUCCUCUACUGCUACCAACAGUGAGAAUGAUGAACGCUCUCCCCUUUUACCCAAAUAA